UUCACCUCGCGAUCAAACUGUAGCGUGGCACCAGCGCGGCGCGACUUGACUUGAAACUUGGAGCGCACUGCAUAACGGGUCACCGUGCCGACAGCACUGUUUGCGUCGUCUCGUCGUCGCCGAGUUUCGCGUCUCGCGCAUCAAACUUUUCUUCUCUACACCACAAGUGUGUUGACAAACAGUAGCAACGUGUUCAGUUUUAUUUGUUACCAAUAAGAUGAAAUUCGUCGCGAUUGUUUUGGUCGCUUUGGUGGCGGCCGCCAACUGCGAUAAGGAGGAGCUGAAGAUUGACGUCGUCAGCGUGCCCGAAGGUUGCGAGGUGAAGUCGAAGAAUGGUGACAUGCUGACGAUGCACUACACGGGUACCCUCACAGACGGCACCAAAUUUGAUUCCAGUUUUGAUAGAGAUCAACCAUUCACAUUCCAAUUGGGUGUUGGACAAGUCAUCAAAGGAUGGGACCAAGGUUUAACCAACAUGUGCGUUGGUGAAAAACGUAAACUUGUUAUUCCACCUUCUUUGGGUUAUGGUGAUCGUGGAGCCGGCAGUGUUAUUCCUGGCGGAGCUACUCUUCACUUUGAAGUCGAAUUGAUCAACAUUGGUGACUCUGCGCCUGCCACAAAUGUCUUCAAGGAGAUUGAUCUUGACAAGAACAAUAUGCUCAGCAGGGAGGAGGUAAAAGACUUCGUGAGUGAUUACUUGAAGAAACAAAUGGUAGCGGCCGAAGGUGAUGUGCAAUCCGAAGAGGUGAAGAACAUGCUCGCCGAUCACGAUAAACUCGUCGAGGAGAUCUUCCAGCAUGAGGAUAAGGAUAAGAACGGAUUUAUCUCGCACGAUGAAUUCUCAGGGCCCAAACACGACGAACUUUAAUGCGUCCUUCGUCAUUCUUCCAUAAACAAUGUCCGACUGAAUAGGAUAUUAAGCUCAUGGUUUCGUCCUUUCGCGGUUCCAUUGAUAUUUUCUGUUUUAUUUAAACAAUCUUGAACGUCCUACUUCGAAUCCUGCAAAUACACUUCCACUUUUCACACUACCUAUUUCUAACCAGUUGUUUUAACUUGUAAGAACUAAGAACGAUUUUUAUACGAUGAAAUAUUUAUUCCUCAUGUGUUGAAGGUCUGGUACUUAUGUUUUAUGUUUAUAUCGAUACAUAUCUUAAGUGUAAAAAGUUUACGAUGAAAUAAUGAUAUGAUAGCAAAUGAACGAGUUUGGCAACGAGCAUGUGUUACGAUCUUUAGAUGUGCGUAGAAACAAAAACGGUGUGCAUGUGGAAUUUGUUGCAGUUUGUGAAUUUGUUGCUGUUUUAAUAACGAAACUUUAUAAAAAAAAACAACAA